UGGGCAGCCCUGGGAAUACAGCUGAGCUUCAAAUAUUCCACCCCUAAAUGUAGCAAAUGAAACACACUGGUUGCAGCCGGUUGCAACCCAUCUGGAGUUCUUUCCUCUUCUUUCCAGAGAAACUUUUUCUAGAAUACUCCAUGGCUGGCGGAAACCACAGCACCACUACGGAAUUCAUUCUUUUGGGGUUAACCGGUGAUGCCACCCUGCAGGCCGUCCUCUUUGUGACAUUCCUCGGGAUCUAUACGGUGACCUUAAUGGGGAAUCUCAGCAUCAUCAUCUUAAUCAGGGUCAGUUCCAAACUUUAUACCCCAAUGUACUUCUUCCUCAGCCAUUUGGCUGCUGUCGAUAUUGGGUAUUCCUCCUGUGUGACACCGGUAAUGCUUGGAAGCUUCUUGACUGAUCUCUACACCAUGACUUUGGCUGGCUGUGUCGUUCAGGUAUUUUACUUAGUGACUUUUGGAACGACCGAGUGCUUUCUGUUGGCUGCUAUGGCUUAUGACCGAUACAUAGCUGUGUGUAGCCCCCUGCUCUACUCUAGCAAAAUGUCUGACAAAUUCUGCGUCCUUCUGGUCGUUGCUUCCUACAUAGGUGGUUUUGUGAAUGCUUGGACCUUUACCAGUUGCUUAUUAAAUAUAAAUUUCUGUGGGCCUAAUCAGAUAAACCAUUUUUUCUGUGAUCUGUCUCCUUUACUGAAACUUUCUUGUUCGGACAUUUCAGUGAUUACAAUCAUUCCUUCUGUCUCCUCAGGCUCAAUAAUAGGGUUCACCAUGCUCGUCAUAGUCAUUUCUUACAUAUAUAUUGUCUUGGAAAUCCUGAGGAUGAACUCAAAGGAAGGGAGGUACAGAGCUUUCUCCACAUGCUCCUCCCAUCUCACUGCUGUCACUCUGUACUAUGGGACCAUCACUUUCAUUCAUGUGAUGCCCAAAUCCAGUUACUCCAUAGAGCAGGACAAAGUGGUGUCCGUGUUCUACCCCAUUGUGAUCCCUAUGUUGAAUCCUCUGAUCUAUAGCCUGAGGAACAAGGAUGUUCAGGAGGCCCUUAAAAAGAUGAUUGAUAGGAAAAGGAUUUCCUUAACUAUAAUGAUGCACUGA